AUGCGUCAGCGCCGGCUGGGCGGCGGCGACAUCGUCGUAUCCGAGUUUGGCCUCGGCACCCAGCGAUGGGGCUCCGCCGAUUUCAACGCGCCGGACGAGGCGAUGUGCCACAAGUUCAUGGACUACGCCGUGCUGGAGAAGGGCGUGAGCAUGGUCGACACCGCGGAGCAGUACCCGAUCCCGUCGGACCGCGGCAAGCCCGAGGGCGACACCGAGCGAAUCAUCGGGAGCUGGAUGAAGAAGGACAAGUCGCGUCGCGAGAAGCUCGUGAUCGCCACGAAGAUCACCGGCUCGUCGAACGUCACCAAGAAGAACAUCAGGAAGGAUCUCGAAGGCUCGCUGACCCGACUCGGGACGGACUACGUGGACGUGUACACGCUCCACUGGCCGGCGAGGUACACGCCACAGUCAAACUGGGGCCAGUCGCUGAUGUACCACGUCGAGCAGGAACAGGCGCCUUGGUACAAGAACGCCGCAUCGUUCGAGGAGAUCGCGGAGGCGAUGGGCGAGAUGAUCGCCGAGGGUAAGCUUCGCGGAUGGGGCAUGUGCAACGACAACGCGUACGGUCUCACAGCGUCCUGCUACGCGGCGAGGGCGGUGGGCGCGCCGCCCCCGUGCGUGUUGCAGAACGACUUUAGCAUGAUCAACCGACGCGUCGAGGAGAACGGGGUGACCGAGGCGAGCUCCCCGGUGCACGAGAACGUGGGCUUCAUGGCGUACAACGUGCUCGCGGGUGGUGUUUUGACGGGUAAGUACCUGGACGUGGCGGCGGCGGUGGAUAACCCGCAGGAUCCCGAGCUGGCGGAGAAGCUCCUUCGAGACCCCCGCGGCCGCAUGGACGACUACUCGUGGGGCAAGACGCUGUACAGGUACAGGUCGGGCCCGGCGGAGGUGGCGACGAGGCAGUACGCGGCGCUCGCGGAGGAGGCGGGCAUGAGCCUGACGGAGAUGUCGCUGCGUUGGUGCAGGCAGCGCGCGGGUGUGACCACCACUCUGCUCGGUCACACGUCGAUGGCACAGCUGGAGGAGACGCUGAAGUACUUUGACGCAUCCGUGCCGAAACUGCCGCAGGAUCUGAUGUGGGCCAUCGACAGGGUGCACAUGCAGAACAGGCUGCCGAUCUUCUCGAGCGAUCGCGUCGGGGCGGACUGGGAGGGAUCUGGAGAGAUUGGCGAGCGCAUCCCGUGA